CUCUAUGGUUUGAAUACAACGCGUUUGACAAAGGAAAUGGUACUUGUGGUCUUGUUUGUUUUACUAACGUCACAUAGCCUACUUUAAUUAAACUCUAACGCCGAGCCAUUUAAUUAUCUUACUAGCAAACCACUCGGGUGCAAAGAUUCCAUGGACAGGAGCUUCAAGAUAAUGUUAUUCUGUUGUCUCGAGAAGCAGUUUUUGUCGAUUGACAUGGUGGCUUGAGGUGGCUAACAUUAGCUUGAUAAAGUUUUUGGUUGUCUUUCUGAGAAACUUUGCUCGUAAAUAAGAAAUCAAGGUGGCAAAGAUAACAAACGAUGGGUCAUGUCAAGUUGUACGCCAAGUAAAAACGUGAAGUUCGUUACCUUCAAAAUAAAAUUGAAACCAAUCGCUAACCGUUACCUUUUGAUUGAUCAGCGACCGCAAUUAAAUGCAAAUCGUCACAAAUAGAUACAACUAAGCACUGGUCGCACGUCAUUGGAACUCAGCUUGACAAGGUGCAUUCUUAUCCAGUAUUGGUUGCAGCAAAUGGAAACGCUUUUAGCUAGCAAGCUAAGUUGGUAACCAGCUAACAUAUCUGUUUGGAAAUGGAAUGGUUGCGACAGUCGCUGGAUUUUGUAGUCUCUCUGGCUGUAUUACAAUAUCCUCUGCUUAAUGAUUCAUGUCACUUCACGUCGCUGCUGAUCGGAACUGUUUAGCUAGUCUACGUCAUUGACUGGAAGAAAGGAAGCUAACGAUACGUUAGCUGGCUAUUACCUAGAUGUUUUCAACGUGUUAGCAAGCCAACUGCAAUUAGCAGGUGGCCAAGCAACGCCAAACCUUGAAGAAUCCAGCCGACAUCGCUAGUUUGUAACCAUUAACUUCUGCCCUGCGUUUAACCUGCGAAUUCCUGGGCGCUUGCAAGUACGAAUACAUCGCCUUAUCAGCCUUUACAAUGAGAGUAAACAGUUGAUGCUUAAUCACUACGUUACAAUUCGUCCAGGACAUUCAGGGAACGGCCAUAGCUUGGAGGAUCAGACACCGGAUUUAAAUAAAUAGGCAGCUAUCUUCAGAAUCAUGAAAAACUGCGAAUACCAUCAAAUCGACCCACAGGCACUAUCGACCCCAAACCCCACGCCACCGCCGCCACCCUGUGCUGAGAAGAAGAGCAAACGGGCAAAGAGAAAAUGGGAAGUUUUCCCUGGAAAGAAUCGUUUCUACUGCGAUGGACGGAUCAUUUUAUCUCGACAGAGCGGCGUUCUUCCACUGACUCUCGGCCUCAUUCUCGUCACAAGCACCCUAUUCUUCAUUUUCGACUGUCCCUACCUGGUAGAGCACCUGACCAGCUGCAUCCCUGUGAUUGGUGGAGUGCUGUUUGUCUUCGUGGUCAUCACCCUCCUGCAGACCAGCUUCACUGACCCCGGGAUCCUGCCCAGAGCUGGGCCAGACGAGGCCGCAGAUAUUGAGAGGCAGAUUGACAGCUCAGGCUCCACCUCCUACCGUCCCCCACCACGGACCAAGGAGAUCCUAAUCAACCAGCAGGUGGUGAAACUCAAAUACUGCUUCACCUGCAAGAUGUUUCGCCCGCCCAGGACGUCCCACUGCAGCCUGUGUGACAACUGUGUGGAACGGUUUGAUCAUCACUGCCCCUGGGUGGGGAACUGUGUGGGCAAACGCAACUACCGCUUCUUCUACAGCUUCAUCGUCUCCCUGUCCUUCCUGACGGCCUUCAUCUUCGGCUGUGUGACCACUCACCUGGUGAUGCAGUCCCAAGGAGGAAAAGGCAUCAUCUUCGCCCUCCAGGAGAGCCCUGCCAGUGCAGUAGAGCUGGUGGUAUGUUUCUUCUCUGUCUGGUCCAUCUUGGGUCUCUCUGGCUUCCAUACCUACCUGGUGGCUUCCAACCUCACCACCAACGAGGAUAUUAAAGGCUCCUGGUCGGGUAAAAGUGGGUCCGAGGGCUCGGGAAAUCCGUACAGUUACAGCAACAUCUUCACCAAUUGCUGCGUGGUGCUGUGUGGACCCAUGCCCCCUAGUCUGAUUGACAGGAGGGGCUUCGUGCCCCCGGAAGAGGCUCUGGCAGUGGCCCCGCCGCAGGUCGAGCUGCCCACCCUCGAGGCCAAAAGUGACAUCAACAUGGAGGAUCGUUGUCAGGAUUUUGCGGUGUCAUGCGCUGGGUGAGGUUGGGGUGGGGUGGGGCAGCAGAGAGAGUGGAGAUGGUAAGAGACCGUGUGGCGGGCUGUUUCUCCCGCAUGUCGUGCAGUCUCGCUGAGAUGCCGUUACCAUGGUGACCCGGUGCCCAUCCCAUGCCAGGCCGCUUCCCGGUCGCUGCCUCCUCAUCCCCUCUGCCCUGCAGGGUGUGUGUGUGUGUGUGUGUGUCUCUGUGUGUCUUAUUUUAGAGCUGCACCAAUCCAUCCUGCAUUUGAAGCCCCUUUUACUCCGUUCCCUCGCCGGGUUAUGUAAAAGAAAUGAGUCAUUUUGGCACUUCAGCGUUGCUUGGAGGCACUCGGCCUUAUUUAUGCUUCUCGCAAUACAGUAUUUUCCCCUUGAAAAGUGAGAUGCUUACUCGAGUUGGCAGGAAGUUAUUCAACGAGAAAAUGCGAGAGCUUUAACUCCCCCUGUAUUGAGGCCAACGAGGAAUUGUUAUAAUUCAUAACCACUUCCAUUUACAUAACCGUGCUUCUGUCACAGUCUGAUUUGGGAAGGUAUCCAUUGUCCGGACAGGGUAUUCUUGUAUAGGUAGUACAUUAAUUAUGUGUUCAGUGUUCAUAUGAUAUGACUCUUAUUAUGUUGCCUGAUAACUGAUAUUUUAGUGUUAAUCUAUAAACAAUUUCGUCCUGGUGCUCCUUUCCUACAGUGACCCAAAUAGCUUUCCUGAAUAUCUUUGGUUUCAGUGGGACAGAAUGUUGUGAAAUUGACAUAGUAUAUCACUCUGAAGGUAACGGCCAUUUUGAGUUAUUUCAUUUUGUAUCAUGUUAUGAAUAAGCCCUGCAUCCAUUGGCUAAUGCCUGAGCUUCACCAAUGCAAUGUGUCUCUGGGCCCAUGUGCCCCGCCCUCAUCCCCACAGCCUGCAUGCCUUUGAUCUCACUGGGGAUGGGCGAUGACCCAUCAUUUCUGUUCAAUGAUCUGGCUGAAGCUUACUCUGCUGCUUUCAUGCUGUAGUCUGUUUCUGUCUUUCUGCUCUGUUCUCUCUGUUACUGCUCCCCUCUUUUUCUACCUCGUCGUCCCCUCUUUCUCCUCCUCCUGUUCUUCACCCCUCCCUCCCCUCUGCAGUGUACACAGGGACCUAAAGACCUCUCCCCACCUGCGCCUCUGUAACCUUUGCCCCCAAGGAAGCUGGAGACUGCAUCAAUCAGCCCUGCUCAGGCCACGUUGGACCUGGUGACCCCAUCCCCCCCUGCUCUGCUGCUCGGUCUGCACACCUUCAGCUUGUGUGGAAAUGCACUCACAACCCGCCGUGAGCCCCAGAGAUGGCUACAACUAGCGCAGAUGUCAGAAGAGCUCUGAGCUCCAGGAGCUCUGCAGUGGCCCAGGCUCUCUGACUGCUCCACUCCAAUUGGCCUCUGGCCCCCAGGUCCCUCCCAGCCCAGGUGUCCAUGGAAACAUCCAGGGGACAGUCGUGAAGAGGGCAGUCGUGGGUGUGGCUGGGGUUUGUCUGCCGGAAAACAAAUCCAUUUACCCAUGAGUAUGGAGCUUCAGAGCAUUUUUCCUAUUGCAACUUUCCUGCAGAGGGAAAGGAACUUCCCUUCAGAGAGAGCAGAAGAUGGAUGGAUGGAUGGGGCGUGCUCUCAGCCAGAUUAGCCAAGCUUUCAGGAGCCGUCUACACGGCUUUACCCAACAGUUAUGUUUUCUCAGAAUGGGACAAGGGGAGCCAACGAGAGAGGCCAAUGCGAUGAAGACUGAUGUCUGCAGCAAGCAGGCUACAAUAGAAAGCACACGAAUACUUAACCCUCCUAUUGUGUUCAAAUUAACUAACAACUUUUAUGUUUGGGGUCAAUUUGACCCCAGCAAUAUAAACCUGCAGAACAUAAUUGUAAGAGAAAGUGUUACCCAAGUUUCUCUCUCAGCUACUUUAGGCUUUUCUACUGACCAUCUUAAUAGCCCAGUAAAUAAAACAUGACUCUCCCCA